AUGCCUACCCGAGAAGCAGCAUGGGAAUCCAUCGCACGGCGGAAACAAUCCGAACGAGCAUCUCGCAUACCUUCGCAAUGGACGAUACCCUCACACUUACUCCCAUCUGACCCUCCACUUCCAUCACACGGCGCGCAAAAUGUAAUGCACAUCCCGUCCAAGCUGCUCUCGCCAUCCGAGGUGUCCAUCACAGAGUCAUACACGAUUGCCUCGCUUCUGACCGCCAUCUCCUCGUCUCGACUCAGCGCAGAGGAUGUAACCCGAGCAUUCGCCCAUCGCGCCGCCAUAGCACAUCAAUUGACCAACUGCCUCACGGAGCCCCUGUUUGACACGGCACUUGCGCGCGCCAAGUACCUCGACACCUACCUGCGCACCCACAAGCGGCCGUUCGGCCCAUUGCACGGCCUCCCGGUGUCGGUCAAGGACACAUUCGACGUCGCCGGGGUUGACACUUCCAUCGGCAUCGCCUCCCUGUGCCACAAACCCGCCACGCACAACGCUCCACUGGUCGAUCUCCUGCUCUCGCUGGGCUGUGUGAUAAUCGCCAAAACUAACAUCCCGCAGACCCUCGCGUCGCUGGACUCGGUCAACAACGUCUUUGGCCGGACCAUGAACCCGAUCAACCGUCUCUGCACGGCCGGCGGGUCUUCGGGCGGCGAGGGCGUCCUCGUCGCGAUGAAGGGGAGCAUGAUCGGCAUCGGCACCGACAUUGGCGGCAGCAUCCGCGUGCCCGCCAUGUGCAACGGCGUGUACGGGUUCAAGCCGUCCAACGGUCGCAUCCCGUACGGGGGGCAGGCGCUCACCGGCGUCGACGGGAUGAGCAGAACGAGCAUCCAGGCCGUGGCGGGCCCAAUCGCCCGGAGCGUCGAGGACAUUGACGUGUUUAUGCGCGAGGUCGGCCCCCGCGCCCGCCUGUUCGGCGAGGACUGCAUGCCCCUGACCUGGACGUCGCCGCCUCUGGGCAAAGUUCACUCCAACGAACAACCGCCUCAGCCGCCGCACGGGAGCGGCAAACACGGCGAGCUGGUGGUCGGCGUGCUCCGAAGCGACGGCAACUGCGCCCUCCUGCCGCCGGUAGACAACGUGCUCAGCGACGUCGCGGGGCGGCUGGCGCGCACGCCCAACGUCAAGGUCGUCGAGCUGCCGUGCCCUAAGGCGUGGACCAAGGCGCAGUCCGUCAUGAGCAAGCUGAUGGGCGUUGACGGCGGCGUCACCAUGGCCGAGAUGAUCGAGAAGACGGGCGAGCCGCUCGUGCCGUGGAUGCGGACGCGCUUCCGGAAGGGCAAGCCGCAACCCCUGACGCGCGUCGCAGAACUCCAGGCCCUCCGCGCCGAGCUGGAGCGGGAGAUGCUCAAGGUCUGGGUCGAGGACGACGCCGACGGCCGGCGCACGCAGAAGAUCGACGCCAUCGUGUGCCCCGUCGCCCCGCACCCCGUGCCGCCCAUCGAAGGAUACAACGCCGUCGGCAUGACGAGCAGCUGGGUCCUGUUCGACUACCCGGCCGGCACUGUUCCCGUGAGAGACUGCACCGAGCGUGAUCUCCAGCUGGGCACGCCGCAGGGAGGCAAGCCAGUCAGUAGUUGGGACGAGAAGACCCGGGACCUGUGGGACGAGACAAAGAUUGACAGGCGAGUCUAUCUGGGAACACCCUUGAGCGUGCAGGUCGUUGUGCCCAGGUUGCAAGAUGAGAAGUUGGUCGAGGUCAUGGCGUGGGUCGAUGGAGCUUGUAAGGCUGGUGGUCCGUCUUCCUCAACAGGCUCCACGGGCCAAGGAAGCGAUGCUAAGGCGAAGUCAAAGUUAUGA